AUGCGCUGCUUUAGCUGCGGUCCGGUAAAAGCUGGCCAGACGCGAAUUUUCUGGGAGCUCGGUAAGUUUCCAGCGGUAGCGGUAGCCGGUUUGGGCGAUGCUUCCAAAUGGGACGAGCUGGACGAGAUCGAUGGAGCGAAGGAAAACGUGCGCAUUGCGGCCGCGGCCGGUGUCCGCGCCCUGUCGGCGAACAAGAUCGCCGACAUCGCCGUGGAAGACAUGGAGCAUCCGCAGCAGGCGGCCGAAGGUGCCACCCUGGCCAACUACAAGUUUCAGGCGUUCAAGAGCAAGGAAAAACAAACGCCGCUGCCCGCGGUAAGCUUCGCGGAGGAUGCCAGCGGGAAGGCCGAUUGGGAUCGGGGUGUGAUCAUUGCCGAGGCGCAAAACUUUGCCCGCGUAUUGAUGGAAACACCGGCCAACCAUAUGACGCCCACCAUUUUCGCGGAUACCGUCAAGCAACGGCUCGGCGCUGCCAACGUCGAGGUCGUCGUGCACGAUGAAGCUUGGGCGAAGGAGAAAAAGAUGGGUUCGUUCCUCUCGGUUACGAACGGUUCGAACGAACCGGCCCGCUUCCUGGAGCUGACGUAUCGUGGAUCCCAGGACGAACAGUGCGUGGCGCUGGUAGGCAAGGGCAUCACGUUCGAUUCCGGUGGCAUCAGCCUGAAGCCGUCCGCCAACAUGGACCAGAUGCGUGCCGACAUGGGCGGUGCAGCGAACGUGGUGUCGACCAUACUGGCCUUGGCACAGCUGAAGGCACCGGUGCACGUGAAAGGGUUUGUGCCGCUGUGCGAAAACAUGCCAAGCGGCACGGCCACCAAACCGGGCGACGUGGUUUACGCAAUGAAUGGCAAGAGCAUCUGCGUGGAUAACACCGACGCCGAGGGGCGUCUUAUAUUGGCGGACGCGUUAUGUUACGCCUCGACCUUCAAUCCAAAGUUCAUCCUGGACAUUGCGACCCUGACCGGUGCCAUCAAGGUAGCGCUGGGCGAUUGCGUGUCGGGCGUGUUUUCCAGCAACAACAAACUGUGGGAGACGAUCCACGAGGCGGGCUCGCAGACCGGUGAUCGGGUGUGGCGCAUGCCACUGUUCAAGCACUACAGCGACCAGAUGUGCGACCACAACGGUUACGAUCUGAACAACCUGGGCAAGGGCAAGGGCGGCGGAUCCUGCACUGCCGCUGCAUUCUUGCGCGAGUUCGUGCCGAAGGGUACACCGUGGCUGCACGUAGAUAUCGCCGGCGUGAUGGGCGAUUGUAGCGAUCAAAGCUACACCGGGUCGAAGGGCAUGUCGGGCCGCCCGAUGCGUACGCUCGUCGAGUUCGUUACCAAGGCGGGUAGCGCUUAA